ACGCAUGUCAUUCAGGCGAAAAAAUUAAAUAAUGAAGGAAUAUUCAUAAUGUUUUGAAUUUUCAAAUGUGAUAAACAUUGAUUAAGGAAUAUCCUGAAAUUGAUACAUUCCUAAAAUUCAUUCCAUCUUUUUAUACCAAACUUUCACAUUUCACAUUACUUCCAAAUUGCAAUUACACUGCAAAUAAUGAACCUUUAGAACCUGUUGAAUAUAAUCAGAUAAUACUCCACUUCCGUUUUCCUCAAUUUGAUAUUGAUAAAACUAGGAGACCUUGAAAUGAGUAAAUCACCUGUUACCGUUCAGCAAUGGAUAGAAUCUCUACCUCCUCCUGAAAAAGUAGCACCACCUACUUCGACUCAAACAGCAGUACCUUCUAAAAGUGUAUUGCAAACCAGAAAUUCCAGAAGAUAUCUUCCCAGAGAAUUAUCCUUGCAAUCUGAUGAUGCCAGUAGCCAUUGUUCGAGUGUAGAAUCUGUUUUAGACAUGAGAAAACCGGAUCCAGAAGCUAUUCUAAUGUCUUUAGGUUUUGGCCCUAGUAAACCUUCUAAUCUACUCUCAAAAAUACCUCAGAGAUUUUUACAACCAUCCCAGCUCAUAACCAGCAUAGACUUGGAUAAAUUUCUAGAACAGUAUGGGGAAUCACCUACAGAGCUCUCAGAUAUUCAAAACCCUCAAUCUCCUUUUGCUAAAGCAACAAAGAGACCUCGAUCAUUUUAAAGUAGAUAAUAUACGAUUUCCUGAUUAUGGAGAAUGGGUUGAUGGUAAACUCUGGGACCAUUCUUUAUUGCCAUUAUUGUGAUACUUCAAAUAACUAUUAGGAAACCAAACUGUGUAUUCUAUUUAACAUUAGCAGUCAACAUUGCAUAUCAAAAUGGAAAAAACAAGUUGUCCACUAGAGUUAAGAAUGUUUUCUCCUAGAUAAAAGAGUAAGUAAAGCAUACUUUACAAUUUUUAAAGAGUUAAGUUUAAAAUAUUUUUAUAUAUAGUUGAAUAAAAUAAAUACUUAAGGCUUGUGAAGGUUUUAUCAUGUAAAUAUUAUUUUAAUUUAGUUAUUGAACCAAAUAUUUCAGAUUCAAAUAUUUAUGUAUUGUACAAUUUAUUGAAAAAAAAUACCUAUUUACAAUAAAUAUUAUGAUUGCUGGGAAUCUGUUAUUGAAA